CAUGAGGUAUUAGCCGUGUACUUUUCUAGAGGCCAUCUGAUCUACGAAUCUCUUAUUUCAAAUUUUAUUUUUAAAACUAGGAGUUAGGUGAGAUCUCAUACUAACUAUGAUCACGGAGUCGCGUCCGUAGUCGUUGGAUGCUUAUUGAUGUUUCCGAAAGGAGGCAUGGGAUUUUUCUUUUAUUGAUGUUUCAAAUGGAGCAUGGGUUGGACAACCUUGUCUAUUGCGUAAUCCAAUGAAUAAAAAUAAGGGAAAUUCUCAAUGGUAGCCUCCUACUAUUGCUUAUUCUCAAUGGUAGCCAAUUUUUUUUUGAAUUCUCAAUGGUAGCACUCUACUUUUUAAAACUUGCAACCGUAACCUUAAUGAUAUUUUUCCGUUAAAUUUCUGUUAAAUCUAAUUUUUUAUUUUAAGAAUCUAACUUAAUUUAAACAAAAGUUAAUUUUUUUUAAUAAAAAGUAAAUAAAUAAUAAUACCCACCCCUUCCCCUUCACUGCCCAGCCACCCUCCCCCUCCCUCCAAACCACUUUCUCAUUCCCCCUCCACGGUUCCACCAAUAAUCCACCAGUGUUUCUCCCUGUCGUUCGACACCCCACCCGGCCUUCCUCUUUCCCCUAUCCCCUCUUUGCAUGCUUCAAUUUCAUCUUCCUCUUCAUCUCAAUUGUCGUCGCCGUUAAAUUUGAAUUAUAUGCGUCAAUGUGGCCGAAAUAGGGGAUUGGAGAGAGAAAUACACAGGAACUUGAUUUGAAUCCAACGUUGAAUCUGUGCGAGAAAAAAUGAAGAUGAUUUUCAUCAAAUUCUAGGGUUUUAAUUGGGGUUAAUUUUUAUGAUUGUGAUUAAAAGAAAUUGAGGAUUUAUCGACCUCCAUUUUUGUUGAAUUUCAAGCAGUUGAGGUGCGGCGUUGGGGCUAUGAUAGUGGUGUUGGUGUGAAAGCCGCAAUUUGUGUGGCCGUUGUUGUGGAUUGGAGUCAAGAGAGGUGGCAAAUGGUGGUUAUUGUAGGCUGCUGUAGUUGUACAUGGUGGUUGUUUAUGUGUAAGUAUUGAUGUUGUUGUUUUGGGCUGAUUUAGUUGACUUGAAGGGGUGGCAUUGCGGUGGAAGUAGGACAUAGAAGGGGUGGGUGUAUGUGGACUGUGGAGGGUGUUGUGGUGGAGGGUUUGGGGUUUGAGAUGGCUGCCAUGGAAUGAAGGGGAGGAGAGAGAAAAUAGUUAAGGUUUAAGAGAGAUAAAAUGUUUGAUAAUAGUUAAAGUUAACGGAUCUUUAACGGUUUAGAGGUAAUAAGGUUACAGUUGCAACUUUUAAAAAGUAGAGUGCUACCAUUGAGAAUUCAAAAAAAAAAUUGGCUACCAUGGAGAAUAAACAAUAGUAGGAGGUUACCAUUGAGAAUUUCCCUAAAAAUAAUGAUUUACCUAUUAUUAAUUAAUGGAGUCAUAGUGAUGUAAAUAGUUGAGUCAUGUGUCGAGUCUACAAACUAAUGAUGCGUGAUGAUUGAUUAUUAGUAGCAUGCUAGGGAUUUCUUAUUAUGUUUCGCAGCUUGUAUGUAAUCAGCUUUGCUUUAGGUAUGUAUUUCUUUAGUUAGGUAGGUAUUAUAUAGAUACAAGCUUCAUACAAUCAUACUCAUUUGUGCCACCACCAUUACAUGCGUGCUAAUUCUACCACUUUUUUUUUUUUUUUUCUUUUUUUCACUCACUUUCUUUUUACUAGAUAUCUACUAUUCACUUGCUUUAGGUAUCUACUAUUCUACUACCCUUUUUUUCUCUAAAAAAUGGGAACUAAAAAACAGAGCAAUACUCUGCAUUUUGCGAUUGUUACAUUGUUAGCCAUAUCUUCAUUCAUUAGCCUAAAUGCAACAACCAAUGUCGUGUUACAAACGUCGAUCCAUCGACGUCAAGAUCAUAUAGUUAACAAGUUGAUAAAGCAAAAAAAACUAGAGCUAAAAAACUGCAAUAUUUUCCAAGGUAAUUGGGUUUGGGAUCCUUCUUAUCCUAUGUAUGAUUCCUUACAAUGUCCGAGCAUUCGAAAGGAGUUCGAUUGCCUGAAAUAUGGCCGCCCCGAUAAGUUUUAUCUCAAGUUCCGGUGGCAGCCUGAACAGUGUGAUCUUCCCAGGUUUGAUGGAGUGGAUUUCCUAAAGAGAAUGAGUGGAAAGAAGAUAAUGUAUGUUGGGGAUUCACUUAGUCUUAACAUUUGGCAAUCACUAGUUUGCCUACUUCAUGCUGCUACUCCUAACUCCAAUAUCAAACAACAACAAACUGUUGGUGGAAUUAAAUCUUGGAUUUUUGAGGAUAAUAAUGUCAGUAAUGCUAUAUCCUUCUUCAUACCUAGUCGACAUUGAAAACGAGCAAAAAGGUAGAGUAUUGAAGCUUAACUCAAUUAAAGGUGGCGAAAUGUGGAAGGAUAUGGAUGUUUUGAUUUUCAACACGUGGCUUUGGUGGAGUCGGAAGGGGCCUAAACAACCAUGGGACUAUAUCCAGGAUGGGACGGUGACAUCAAAAGAUAUGGACCGCAUGGAUGCAUAUAGAAAAGCAUUAAUGACUUGGGCAAAAUGGGUUGAUUCAGAAAUUGAUCCUAUGAAGACUAGAGUUUUCUUCCAAGGAACCAAUCCUUCACAUUACAAUGGACAAGAAUGGAAUGCAACAGGGGUGAUGGAUUGUUCAAAGGAAACAAUGCCUAUGAAAGGAUCAACAUACCCAGGUGCAUUACCACCAGCAUUAGAGGUGGCUAAACAAGUUAUAAGUACGAUAUCAAAACCCGUUUAUCUACUUGAUAUCACAACCCUCUCACAACUAAGGAAAGACGGGCACCCGAGUUCUUAUAAUGGUUUUAAGGGUAUGGAUUGUACUCAUUGGUGUGUAGCUGGUCUUCCUGAUACUUGGAAUCAACUUUUGUAUACAACUCUUAUCAUGUAAAUUUUAGCAAUUGGUUAAUUGUUGUAUGUAUGAUGUUGUAAUAAAAAAUUUAUGGGAGUAUGUCAUUGCAAUUCCCGUUUUAGUUAAUGUAAGUUCUUAUUAGAUUUGUAAAAACUAU